UUGUUUUGUAAUUCUUGAGAGCAAAAUAAAUGGCUACUUCUUCAAUAGUUUCAAUGGCAAUGCCACUAACUUACACAACCCAAAACAAGCAACCAAUUGUUGAAGCUUUUUUCAAGCCAUUGCCAAUUAGACCUUCAAAACAAAUUACAACUUCAAAAAAGUUUGUAGUCAUCAAGGCCACUUCAAUUAAGGAAAAGGCAGUGGUAGGGUUGACAACAGGUGUACUCACAGCAUCAAUGGUUGUACCUGAUGUAGCACAAGCUGCUGAGGGUUUGUCACCAUCACUCAAGAACUUCUUACUUAGCAUUGUGUCUGGUGGAGUUGUGCUUGGUGCUAUUAUUGGUGCUAUUAUUGGUGUCUCCAACUUUGAUCCUGUUAAGAGAGGUUAAAUUUG